UCGCCGCGUCAGUUGUUCCUCAGUUUUUCGCCUCGCGCCCUCGCUUUUCCCCGCUUUUUCCCGCUAUUGUUACCGCGCUCCCUAUCCCGAUGUCGCCCUAGUCUCCUCCGCGUUCGUCUCCACUCGCGCUCGGCCGUUCUCCUCUCUCUCGCCACCUGUUUCCAAAAUCCGGCGCGGAGUAAUGCAAGUAACGCCUUCAAUCUCUCGAAACGCAAAUAUUUUCAUGUUUACACACGUAACGAUGAAUGCAAGUGAGUUCUGCGGAGAAACUUAGUGGGAUCGUGCGUUGUGUUUUCGGAAUGACUUCAUUCCACGGAAACACACGGUGUAAAAAAAAAUCGGUCGGAUAUCCGCUCCGUUCUUACGGCGUUGGAUGCACUUUCGAAGGUCCUAGUGGUUAAUUGAUCAGUUCUAAGGCAACCGACAGCGAGGAAUCCCGGCCGCGCCGCCUCCAUGCGAUACCACGCCGAGCGAGGCCCGGUCGGAAUCACCACGAGCACUGAACUCUCAUUAGCUAAUGCGCCCCGGAAAAUAUUUUAAUGGAAUAUCCCCGCUACGUCUGUGUCCUCGCCAAAUUAUCAGUCAAGGUAUACCUCAAAAAAAUGUUCUCCGUCUCCAGCUCGCCCGACUGCGGCAGCGAAGACAGCACCACGAAGCUGCUCCACAAAUGCGGGUCCGCCAACGACCCGCUCGAGGAGCAGUUCACCCUCCACUUCGAGUUCUGCAAGCCCAAGUCGCACAAGAAGAACGACACACUCGAGGAGAGCGAGGAGCAUUCUCAGCCGCGGAGAUGCCACGAGCCUUCUGCCAAGCAGCGCUACAGCUUCGAGGAAGCGCAACGGCUCAGCGGGCCGCUCAAGCAGUCCUCGCCUCCGAUCAUCUCGACGAGGAGUCCGCCCAACUCGAUCAAAAGAAAGAAGAGCACCGUGAGGAAGACCCGGGACCUGAGCCACUACAACUCUGUCCCGCCGAUCGAGAGCGAGGCGAGGCUCAAGGGCAAAUCCAAGCUGGCGAGAUCCUGCUCCCACUCCUACAUCCCCCUCAAAAGUUCCGGCUCGGCGUCUUCGGCGUCGACGAUAUUCUCCCACGCCAGCAGCCCGAUCACCAAGACGAAGAGCAACGACAAAAUCGAGAACCUGAGCGAGGAGGACGACUUCGAGUGCGGGUUCCGGCAGAACUCGGUCAGCUCCGUGAGCCUCCGCAAGAGCCCCAACACCUCCUCGUCCAGCUCGAGCACGGUCUUCAAGUUCCCGCCCUUACUGCCGAGCCCCAAUAGCCGGAGCAAGAGCCGUCGCUUCUCUUUCUCGUCUUCGCCGAGAAGCCCGGUGGCCCCGAGGUCCCCGGAGGCUCGCGGGUCCUCGUCCUUCGGCUUCGAGUCCCUUCCGCGGAGCCCGUCCAAGGUCAAUUCGAGCUACCCCUCGUCUGAGUUCUCGUGCGGGGUCGACGCCUGCGGGUGCUCGACGACCGACCUGACGGACGUCUUGGAGGAGAGCGCGGCGUCCGUUUCGCGUCCAUCAUCCCCGGUUUCGCCGCGGCCGCGCUCCCGCGUGGGGAGUGUCAAGAGCGGUCUGGCUUAUCUCGCGUCCCGGCGGGAGAGCAGGGAUUCGCAGGCCUCGGAGUACUGCGACGAGGAGCUCGCCCCGUUGAACUUCGCCAACACCGCCCGCAGCAGGCAACGUAGGACGUCCAACUUCCUCGAGCUUCCAGUUCCUGAUCAUGUGCGGCCUAGGGUAUGCUCCUUGCCCGAAAAACCUUACAACCCAAGGGCAGGGGACGAACUGUAUAGACUGCGUACCUUUAGUAUUACCCAUAAAGGAAGUGUCGUUAACUGCGGCGACAGUAUAAUUAGCAGAAGAUCUCGGAGCAAUACAAGUGUUAAUUCCACUACCUCGCGGCACAGCCAUCACAGUAACGCGAGUGGAGCAAGUCCGUUCGAGGGUUCUUGCUGUGGAAGUAGCUACAAUAAUAUAAGCACCGAUUCCACAGGCGAGGAAGUCCCCAAGUAUCGAGUCGUGCUCUUUGGGGACACCGGAGUCGGGAAAACUGCCCUCGUUUCGCAGUUUAUGACGUCAGAAUACAUGAACACCUAUGAUGCCUCUCUCGAUGACGAGUUCGGGGAGAAAGCGGUGUCAGUGUUACUCGAUGGAACUGAGUCGGAAAUGGUUUUCAUAGAUCAUCCAGCCUCAGAAAUGUCGGUGGAGAAUUCAUUAUCCACGUACGAGCCGCAUGCCUGCGUUGUAGUUUAUUCAAUCGUGAAUAGGUCGUCUCUAAAGGCUGCAGAGGAAAUCCUCAAUUACUUAUGGAGAGAGAAUUUUACACAAGAAAAGUCUGUUAUAGUAGUCGGCAAUAAAGCAGAUCUCGCCCGUGCUAGGGUCAUCUCUGCAAGCGAGGGAAAAGCACUGGCCGCAUCUCGAGGUUGCAAAUUCAUCGAGACCUCAAGCGGGAUCCAGCACAACGUCGACGAGCUCUUGGUCGGAAUCCUCAAGCAAAUUCGACUCAGGGAGACGAGAGAGAGGAAGCAACAGAAAAAGGUCCUCUCCCACGGCUCCAGAGCUUCGCUCACAUUCAACAUAGCACGGGAUAUUUUCCAUCGAAUUUGCCUCAAGGAUAGUAAAUCCAAAUCAUGCGAAAAUCUCCACGUCUUGUAACCCCUCCUUCUGAACACUCGCACAUUCAAAUGGUCCAGACAUGGGUCAACUUACCUAAGUAUCGGCAAAUUUGCAAAAUCCGGCCUUUUUUCUCGUAGACGGAUCCGGAAGGGGGCACUGGAAAAAAACACAUUGGAUCUAGAGUCCAGGCUACUGGAAACAUUGACA